AAAUCCACUGCUGAUUUAACUGAUAAAUAAUCAAAACACACUCCUCCCCGUGACUCGUCGAUAAACCCCACCGAAACGGCCACACGCAACCACUACCACACCUGACACCGCCAACCCCGGAGGAACCCGUACAGCCGACGUAACUAAACAGCCCCCACCCAGACACACAGACACGCACCGACAUACACCAACACACGCUGCCAUAAUUGACGAAAAACCUCAGUCAAAGUGGGGUAAGGCUGAAAAAAUGUUUCUCAAGGUACAGUUGAACUGGAACGUGGUCAUACCGGCUGAAAAUCUCGACAUCAAAGGAUUGAUGUUGCAAAAGGCGAUUCUGGUUCGUGUGUUGGAUGACUUCUCCGCCAAGAAAGCAACCAAAGAUCUCGGAUACCUUUUAGCAGUCACCACUCUCGACAAAAUCGGAGAAGGGAAGGUAAGAGAACACACGGGUGACGUUUUAUUUCCGGUCAACUUCACUUGCUUGAGCUUCAAGGUAUUCAGAGGCGAAGUCAUAGAAGGAGUGGUUCACAAGAUUCUCAAACACGGAGUUUUCUUGAGGUGUGGACCGAUUGAGAAUCUUUAUUUAUCUAAUCAGAAAAUGACUGAUUACCAAUAUCAGAUUGCGGAAAACCCGUGUUUUCUGAAUGUGAAAACGGGGUCCAGAAUUGAGAAGGAUGUGACUCUGAGGUGCGUUGUGAUCGGGGUCAAGUACAUGGAGGCCCAGAAGGAGUUCCAGGCUGUCGUGGGCUUGGAGGGACAUUACUUGGGCCCGGUUUAGUAUUGCUACCGCAUAAUUCUAACGUUUGACUUCUCAUGACCGGUAAAGUUUGAUGUUCUGUUAAUGUAAAAAGAACGACGUUGUGAUGUGGUAAUUCUGGUAGCGGGUUUGUUUUCUUUCAUUUCAAUGUUAUUUUUCGGCAGUUCUUAGUUUCUUUCGUCGACUAGUAGAUUCAUGCACAACGUUCCUUUAAUGUGGUUUACCGAACUUUAGGCUGUGACAGCUUAGCUCAUGAUGGUAGAACCCGAAAUCUGUUUGGCUUAUUUCUACUUUGGAUUGUUUGAAAUCUUUUAGGGAAUAUUUUUUUUAUCAAGUUGUCAUUUGUAUCUA